AUAUAAUAACAUUCUGUGUCUAACACUAAUAACAAUCUGUAUCUAACACAAAUAAAUAGUACAACAUGUAUCUAUAGAAAGAGAAUUGCAGAUAAACAACCUGGCUGCUACUAAACCCGAGUUCCCGGCUUAUUUUCUUGAAUUUUCUUUUCUUUAACUCUAUUUUUUGUUGAAAAAUUUCAACAAAAUUUUAAUUUUCAACCCUCAAAAUUCAAUCUUUUUGACUUCGGCAAAGUCUAGAAUCCAAAAUAAUCUGGCCCACAUCAAAAUUUUCCACUUUUGACUGUAUACAACCCUAGUUCUUGAAGUUUGUGUUUUGAUAUUAUUUUCAUUUCUAUAGAAAUUUUUAUGUAAUUUUGGGUAGUGAACAAAUGGGGUUGAUGAUUUAGCUCUAAAGUUUGAUCUUUAGAGGAAUUGGAGUUGAAUUCUAGUUUGAUCACUGAGUUGAGAGAGAGAGAGAGAGAGAGAGAGAUCACUGAUUUCAGAGAGAGAGAGGGAGAGGGAGGGAGAGAGAGAUUAUACUAGUUGACAUGGUUAGUGGAAAUAUAUUUCAAUACAAGAAGAGUUCAUGGCCUCCUCAGGAUUACGUAAACAGGGCAACACUAGAACUACUUGAUUCUGACAGUGCUGCCCCACCAAAACAAGCAUGGAGAAGGAAAUUAAACAGCCAUGCUAGUAUUCUUAAAGAAUUCAGUGUUACAUUUAUGGAGGCAAUAAAAAUGGUUCGACUUGGUAUACGACUGUGGUCAUAUGUAAGGGAGGAAGCCUCCCAGGGAAGGAAAGCACCUAUUGAUCCAUUUACCCGUGAAAGUUGCAAGCCGUCAGCAUCCCAAGGGGUUCCUCUUGGAGGGAUGGGAAGUGGUAGCAUAUCUAGAGGUUUUAGAGGUGAAUUCAAAAAUUUUCAAAUUGUUCCUGGCACCUGUGAUACUUCUCCUAUCAUGGCCAAUCAGUUCUCUAUUUUUAUAUCCCGGGAAGGUGGAAGUAAAAAGUACGCGUCUGUCUUAUCCCCAGGGAAACAUGAAAAUUUAGGGGAAUCUUCAUAUGAGGGUCUAUCAUCAUGGGGUUGGAAUUUAACUGGUCAGCAUUCAACAUAUCAUGCACUAUUUCCAAGGGCAUGGACAGUAUAUGACGGUGAGCCAGAUCCAGAACUAAAAGUAUCGUGUCGCCAAAUAUCGCCGUUUAUACCACAUAAUUAUCAGGACAGCAGUCUUCCUACGACUGUUUUUGUUUACACGCUGGUAAACACUGGGAAGGAAAGGGCAAAAGUCAGCCUUCUUUUUACCUGGGCGAAUUCAAUUGGAGGAAUCUCUCACCUAUCUGGAGAUCAUGUAAAUGAGCCUUUCAUAGCUGAAGAUGGAGUGUCUGGUGUACUUCUACAUCACAAAACUUCAAAAGGGAACCAUCCUGUUACAUUCGCCGUUGCUGCAUGUGAAACUCAGAACGUCAGUGUAACGGUUUUACCCUCGUUUGGCCUGUCUGAGGGAAGUUAUCCUACAGCAAAAGCCAUGUGGGGGAAAAUGGCACAGGAUGGGUACUUUGAUAGGGAUGGCUUUGAUGCUGGACCAAGCAUGCCUUCAUCACCAGGAGAGACACGUUGCGCCGCGAUUUCUGCUUCAGCAUGGAUUGAGCCACAUGGGAAGUGCACCAUGGCAUUUGCUCUUGCAUGGUCAUCUCCAAAAGUUAAAUUCAACAAAGGAAAAUCGUAUCAUAGGAGGUACACUAGAUACUACGGUACAUCUGAAAGGGCAGCAUCGAAUUUAGUCCAUGAUGCGCUAACAAAUUAUAAGCGAUGGGAAGAAGACAUCGAGAGAUGGCAAAAUCCUAUCCUCAACGAUGAUAGGCUACCGGAAUGGUACAAAUUUACAUUAUUUAAUGAACUCUACUUCUUGGUUUCUGGUGGGACAGUUUGGAUUGACUCUGCAUUGCCAGAUGCACAUUUUAGCUCAAAUCAUCCUCAAACAAGGAAAACAAUGAAGUACAGAAGUGAUGCAGUUGUAGAAAAUAUAAAGAGUUCUGGUUCUGACAGUAAUGUUGAGAAUGGUUCGACAGGUGAUGUUGAAAGCUCUCAUACAGGAUUUUCUGAUGAAGAUGGUUCAGUAAUUUCUCAGGGAGAACAGAAAGAUAACUACAUUCAGUACCCUUCUCAUGAGAAUAACAGUGAUGAUGUUGGUAAAUUCUUGUAUUUAGAAGGUGUGGAGUAUAUUAUGUGGUGUACAUAUGAUGUUCAUUUUUAUGCAUCUUUUGCCCUCCUUGAGCUGUUCCCUAAAAUUGAAUUGAGUAUUCAGCGGGAAUUUGCAAAAGCCGUGCUUUUUGAAGAUAAAAGAAAAGUGAAAUUUCUGUCCGAGGGAAACUGGGGAAUCCGUAAAGUCAAAGGAGCAAUUCCUCAUGAUCUUGGAACUCAUGACCCCUGGCAUGAAAUGAAUGCAUACAACAUACACGAUACUAGUAAGUGGAAGGAUCUGAACCCAAAAUUUGUGCUUCAGGUCUAUAGAGACUUUGCUGCAACAGGGGAUUUGUCAUUUGGAACUGAUGUAUGGCCUGCUGUUUGUGCUGCAAUGGAGUAUAUGGAACAGUUUGAUCGGGACAAUGAUUGUCUUAUAGAGAAUGAUGGAUUUCCAGACCAGACAUAUGAUGCUUGGACAGUUCAUGGUGUAAGUGCUUACUGUGGCUGUUUAUGGCUUGCUGCACUUCAAGCUACGGCAGCAAUGGCCUUGCAACUGGGUGACAACAUUUCUGCCGAAAGAUAUAAAAGAAAAUUCUUGAAGGCAAAGUCCGUAUUGGAAGCAAAACUAUGGAAUGGUUCAUAUUUUAACUACGACAGUGGGUCAAGUGGUAAUAGUAAAUCAAUCCAAGCUGACCAAUUGGCUGGACAAUGGUAUACAGCAUCUUCAGCAUUGCCAAAUCUUUUUGAUGAUUUAAAGAUCCAAAGCUCCCUUCAAAAAAUCUAUGAUUUCAAUGUUAUGAAAGUCAGAGGAGGGAGAAUGGGUGCUGUCAAUGGGAUGCAUCCUAAUGGAAAGGUGGAUGAUUGUUGCAUGCAAUCUCGUGAAGUAUGGACGGGGGUCACAUACGCUGUGGCAGCCACCAUGAUUUAUGCUGGUAUGGAAGAACAGGCUUUCACCACAGCAGAAGGUAUAUUUUACGCAGGCUGGUCAGAGGAUGGAUUUGGAUACGCCUUCCAAACUCCAGAGGGAUGGACUAUGGACGGGCACUUCAGAUCUCUAACUUACAUGCGGCCACUUUCCAUAUGGGGAAUGCAGUGGGCUUUAUCCUUACCUAAAGUGAUCCUUGAUGCCCCUCGCGUCAAUAUAAUGGACAGAAUCCAACUCUCUCCUCAGAGUGCUAGAUCUCAUCAUGCAGAGAAUGGUGUUAGAAAGAUUGCUGAGAAAGCAAAGUGCUUUAGCAAUUCAAUGUUCCGCUGUGCAUGCUGAUAUAUGGUUAAAGUAAUAGCUGCAGUUUUCUUUUGCUUCCCUCUCCAAGGUAUCAGACAAAAUUGUUUUUGAAAAUUUUCAAGAUAUGCCCCCUUAAGUAGAAUGGCUCAAAAUUCUGGGCUCGCAAUCUGUCCGAUUUUAAGUUGCUGUACUGUAUUGUGUUAGUUUAUUGUGAAACUUUAGUCCGGGAAGCACUAGAGUGAGGUAGAUGAAAAAUAAAAUCCAGAAAUUCUAUUGUAAUUUUUGAAGUAAUUAUUUGCUGUAAAUGUUAAUCCCUAAUUAAUGUAUCAA